AUGAAGCGGAUGAACACGGAAGGAGUACAAUCGAUAGAGCUGCAGUUUUGUAAAGAGCAAGACGAGCGCUGCGUGCAUAACGACGCACACAACGUGAUGCCCUCCGAGCAUUAUGGGAAAUGUGAAACACUGCAUCGAUGGGAGAGUGAGAAGAAUACAACGAGAUCACUGUUCCAUCAAAGGCUUUCGUUGCAACAGGUGCUGCGUGUCCUUGUGGUGUUGUGGCUACUGCUGCCCAUGGCAAAUCCAUUUCUCUGCUGUGCUGCAGCUGCUGGAACAAAUGGUAUUUUGACAACCAUUACCGGUUGCUUUCCUAAUAUGGUGGUCUCCCCCAGUCAAACAACACAACACUGCGAGGUGGACAAUGCCAAUGUUUUAAGUACCUUGACUCUUAGGGUUGGGUAUUACAACAAUGCUGGACUCAAUUCUGGAUGGACAGCUUCUCUUGUGGAGGGAACAAAUCUCAUUAGAUUUGUGCCAAUCGUUGGAGCUGUUUCAGAGGAUAUGAUUCUUGUCAUUGUGAACACUCCUCAAGUGGGGGACCCUAUUCCAGUGACGAACAACUUCACCUUGAGGUUUAUGGAUAUCAAAGAAACAACAGCAUCAUUUACUUCUAACAGUUCCUAUUAUGGGUUGAAGAGAAUGGUGCGGACAAAUUUACCAAAUAUCAAUGCCAUUCAGAACUACCUGCUGGUUCCUCCUCAGUCAGACUGUGAUGCCAUGGCAAAAAACUGUACUGCUGCUACUGGAUGCUACAAAUUGGCGAUUUCUGCAUCCCUUCCUAUUCUUGGGAACUAUUCACUGUGCUUAUCCGCGAGUGGAUGGCGAGGCUACUACUUGCCGUGGGGUGGAAUUCCCCUCGAAGUGAGGGUGCUGGUGCCAAGCGAGCUGUAUAUGAACACUCUCGGGAAAAACACGCUGUUGCUCCAGGACGCAGUGACAGGUGCAAAUGUGACUGACAUGAACAGUGUGUUCCUGGUGAAGUGCCCAUACGGUGGGCGCCCACGAGAGACACUAAACAGUGGUGAUCUAAUAGUGAGUGUUGAUGUGUGUACUGGGUCCGCUGUCACGGAUCGUGUGUACUUGUCUGCUAAGGGUGGGCCCUUCUCUGCAACAACAGGUGACUACGCUGUCUGCGCGGAUUACGGUGCAGAGGUUGGUAUUUCUCCCGCUGCACUUCCAGUAAGAGUAUUGCAGGAUCCCUUUGUUUUCAAUGUCACUGUGAUUACAAACACGUUGGUGACGAUUGGUGUGCGUGGGGGUGAUCUCUUAUCGAGGCAGGAACCAUAUGAAGUGUGUGCAGUGCUGCCGAAUACACCGUGUGAGUCUGUGGCUACUGCUCAAGACUCUGUGUGUGUGAGGAGUAGCUCCCCAAAUUCCCCAUCUGUUGAUGUUGACAUCUUGAGUCUGUACAGUCUGUAUAAACUGGGUGCUGACAAUGUGACCUUUUGCUUUGUUGCAUCUAAUGUGACAUUUAACGCCCGCCGUUAUGUUUGGUCGCAUGAUGUGAGGGAACCUUUUUUGCCGGAGGGUGACUCAGCAGUGGUGCCAAGUUCGAAUAAAUUAUCUGUUGGUGCCAUUGUUGGUAUUGUUAUCGCAGUUGUGGUUGUUCUUGUUAUUGUGGCUGUCAUUCUGUUUUUUGUACUGCGUCAGCGACCACAACAAGAACAACGAAGAGAAAAGGUGCAGAUGGAUACUGUGGAGUCUCAAUCCACAAGUAAAACAACCACAGUGGAGACUACUCCGAAUCCUCUCAUGAAUCCUCCUGUUGUUGCUGCUGUUGGUGGUGCAGGGUUUGAGUUGCAACAUCAUCCUCUGUCUCAUAGGCCUGCAUCAGAGAUGGAGACACAUGCCCGUUCUCAAGCAUCUCUUGCAAUGCAGUCCCUUGACAGAAUGGCACCCACCACUGUUACCGCCGCAGUUGAAGUGAAAGAGCACCGUAACGAACUCCCUCGUGUAACGCGGGAUGAGGCUCCUUCCAGACGUGUUGCCGCUCCUCCAGCUAAGGAUGUAUUGCCACAAAAACAUUUUUUGAGAGGCUCACUUCCUAAUGCCAAUCCAUAUUUGGGUAAAACGUCUAUCAGAUCUGAUGUCCCGGGAGCUCCAAACUGCACACCACAUGAGGUAUCAAGUGAAACUGUGUUGACGACUCCCGUUGAAACUGAAGUUGUGCGUAAGACUGGGGAGGAGCAAAUGAACUCUACAACAAUGAAACGUCAUUCUGACAAUGCAAUGAUGACGCUUCGCAAUGCGGUUGGUUCUCACCCUGAUCCUGGCGCAGAGAAGAGUGCUGAGGGGAGUCACUCAACAACUCUCCCUGCCCCUCCGUCCUCUGAAGGAGCAGACACAUUGCCAAUUCUCAGUGAAACGAAUGUUUUCCAUGAGGAUGAGGGUGAUAUGACUCCUCAAAAUACAGAUGAAGCUCCUGUUGAUUGCAUCAAUAAGCAGUGGUCUGACAGAAUGAGGCUGAUACAAUGCGGUGGAGACCCUUCACACUUUAAUGCUGAUGCGGAUAACACCAAAAUAACACAGUCAAAUACUGUCAAUAUGCCUGUUCAUACACCAAGUUCGAAUAAUGUGCCUGCCGGUGAUGUGAGACAGGACCACCCUGCCAGUAACACUGUUGCUACGAGUCCAGUGCCAUCAGAAGAUGUUAUUGAGAAAAGGUAUCCACCUCUUACAGGCUGGCAUAUGUUGCCCUCAAGUGAACCAGGAGGUCUUCCGAGAUUAGUUGGAUUUGAGUUAUUCACACCAGUGGUGUACAUGCGGAACCCCAAUUUAGAUAUAUUUUACCGAGAUUAUUUAUCAAAGAAAGAGGAGUUACUCAGAGCACGUCGCAAGCGUGAGGCGAUGGAACGUGCACGCGAUAAAAUGUCGGAUGAUGAGGGUUCGCUUGGUGGAGGUUCGGGUGAAACUGGAUCAGACCAUGACAUUGACAAUCCAGAGAACAGUACGGGGCCAGGUGACGUAGCGCAGACGGAUGCGCCGCCUUUCCCUGAAUAA